ACCAUUUUGUGGUGUUUUCGUCGGUAUCGGUGGGAAUGGGAGUCGAGGGACAACUGAACUAUACUUACGGUAACUCUAUUUGCGAUCGCAUUUGCGAACAGAGACAGAGGGACGGCCUGUCGGGUCUGGCCAUACAGUUUGGGCCGAUCGGUGACGUCGGCGCUAUGCAUGAGAUGACACAAGUGUUCGCAUUCAUGACAACUCAGAAACAACGGAUCCAUUCGUGUUGUGAAGUAUUGGACAAACUAUUGGCCGUUCAAUACCCGGUCGUAACCGUAAAUGUGAAAACAGUUGAGACAUCGAUCUUAAAACUGGAUACGAGUGCCAGAGAGGGCUCGAAAUCAUUUAUUAAUAAUUUGUGGCGAUCUCUGGGUAUCGAUCCGACGGCCACUCCGGCGGACAUCACUUUAGGGGAGAUCGGAAUUGAGUCCAUAUUUGCCUCAGAAUUACAGCAAGAAUUGGCAAAACUCUGUAAUCAAACGAUUCAAUUGAAAAUAAUUAAACACAUGUCUGUCGGACUCCUUCGGGACUUUGAGUCCGGAGGCGAUCACACCAUUAAAGCCUAUUUUAAUGGUAUAAAAAGGGCUCAAAUAUCGCUCUCAAAGUAUAAGUUUGUGAUUCCU